AUGAAGAAUUUAACAGUUCCUGCUGUUUUUGAGGUGGAGUUGGAUCCUGACAACAGCAAUAAACCUAGAAAAACUUUACCAAGGACAAAAUUUACCACGUCGCCACGUCUUGCGGUUGAAUCGGAUCUUGGUAUCUCCUUAAAAGAUGACAGUCAAAAACGUACAACAGAGGACGUUGCGAAAUCAGCCACAAGUCAGCUACCAUUUUUUGUCGCAGACGACUGUCGUGACUUGCCUCAUCAAGGUAAAAGUGAAGGUGACAAUUUUUUUGAAAGCGUCUGGGUAUCAAAAACGAACAUAGACGCUGUAUUGGUGGAAUUGUCUCGUAUGAAUGAAGAACAACUUGCAAUGAGGAUCAAUGGUGGUACAAAAAAAACAACUGCUAAAGAAACUGCUUUGUCGAUAGGAGAUUCCAGUCCACAGGACCUGAAGCGAACAGUUUCAACUGCUGUGUCAUCUGGAUUUCCUCGUCCAGAUGUCAGUGAUAGAUUAAAGCUCCGGCCAUCUUUCGCUGCUAACGAAUUUCUAGAAGAAACUAAAAAUUCAGAAUAUAAAUUGCCUGAAUAUGAAAGAACCUGGUCAUCUGGAAACGCCAUAGACUCUGUAUUGGUUGAAUUGUCUCGUAUGACUGAAGAACAACUUGCAAUGAGGAUGAAUGGUGGUACAAAGAAACCAACUGCUAAAGAAACUGCUUUGUCGAUAGGAGAUUCCAGUUCACAGGACCUGAAGCGAACAGUUUCAACUGCUGUGUCAUCUGGAGUUCCUCGUCCAGAUGUCAGUGAUACUUUAAAGCUCCGGCCAUCUUUCGCUGCUAACGAAUUUCUAGAAGAAACUAAAAAUUCAGAAUAUAAAUUGCCUGAAUAUGAAAGAACUUGGUCAUCUGGAAACGCCAUAGACGCUAUGUUAGUGGAAUUGUCCUGUAUGACUGAAGAAAAGCUUGCAAUGAGGAUGAAUGGUCGUACAAAGAAACCAACUGCUAAAGAAACUGCUUUGUCGAUAGGAGAUUCAAGUCCACAGGACCUGAAGCGAAGAGUUUCAACUGCUGUGUCAUCUGGAGUUCCUCGUCCAGAUGUCAGUGAUAGUUUAAAGCCCCUUUUCUAUUUUAUAUUUUAUAUUGAAGUAUUCUUAUUUAUAUUUUGUAUAUUUUGGUAAUAUAUUUCUUAGUUUUGU